GAUAGACAUUUAGCAAAUGAUAAGUUUUACACACAGUGUGGCAAUAUACUGUGCAGUUAUUUGUCGCUGAAUAGUUGAAGAUUAUGAGCAUUCAUUCCUGCAUGCACGUAUUUACUCCAUUUAGCCGUGAUUGCCAAGAAAUCGUCCCUUCCCCAUGAAUAGGACCCAUUUCCCCAUAGGCUUUUAUUUUAACAUUUUAUUUCGGAAAUGAAGAUUACCUUGAUAUCACUAGCUUCCUAUUUUUACCUCCUGAGGUUUGCCACGUCCAUUCAGGGUUUAAUACUGGAUCUUUCUGUGGAAGAGAAUGUGAAUGAUACGGACCAAAUAAUUAGUUUUAGUGGCACAACACCCGUUAAAAUUGCGGGUGGGUAUAUGGCGUAUACGUAUUUUGCAACACCUCCAUUUAACGUCAAGAACGUUGUUCAUAGGGGCAGUGCCCUCCUGUUGAAUGGAAAGCAUCUAACUGUGAGCUUUGUGCAAAACAUUACUCUGUAUUUAAAGGGCGAUUUCCCUCUACUGCUGUACUUUUUACAGCCUGGUAUCAUAUAUGGGACGUUCAUAUACUACAAGAAUGUCGGAAACGGCAACUGGGCCCAUGUGAAUGUGUCAAGUUAUAGCAAGAAUGGGACGAAUACCCUGAAUAAAACAGAGCUUAACGCUCUGUUGGAUGAAAUUGCCGAAAAUUUGAAUAUUUCUGAGAUGGAACCAAAGGCAUCCGAGAAAGAUUGGGCCGAAACAACACACUCACUCUCCGCAAUUGUAGUUUUAUUCUUGUUUCUUUUGUGCAGAUUGUAAUUUAAU